AUGUCGUUCUUCAUUGAAAAUCCCAAUGUUGGGAACCGCAGUCAUCUCGAAGAUUCAAGAAUUCGCGGAUACAACCCCCUUACCCCGCCAAACCUCCUCCAACAUGAGAUCUCUUUAAGCGAAUCGUCACGAAAAACCGUUUUGCAAGGCCGUGAUGAGGCCAGUGCCAUCGUCCAUGGAACCGAUACUGACAAGCGCCGUCUUCUGGUUGUCGUGGGCCCCUGCUCAAUUCACGACCCUGACAUGGCCCUCGAAUACUGUGAUCGUCUGCUGAAGCUGAAAGAGAAAUACAAGGAUGAUUUGCUGAUUGUUAUGCGCUCCUACCUCGAGAAACCCCGCACAACAGUUGGAUGGAAGGGUCUGAUCAAUGACCCGGACCUUGACAAUAGCUUCAACAUCAACAAAGGCCUUCGAGUAUCGCGUCAGCUUUUUGUCGAUUUAACCAGCAAGGGCAUGCCAAUUGCGUCGGAGAUGCUGGAUACCAUCUCUCCGCAGUUCCUAGCCGACUGCCUCUCUGUUGGUGCUGUAGGUGCCCGCACAACCGAGUCCCAGGUCCACCGAGAGUUGUCCUCUGGUCUAUCUUUUCCCGUCGGAUUCAAGAACGGCACAGAUGGCACUCUGGACGUUGCCGUUGAUGCCAUUGGUGCUGUCAAGCAUCCCCACCAUUUCCUCUCUGUCACCAAACCCGGUGUUGUCGCCAUCGUUGGCACUGUAGGGAACCCUGAUUGCUUCGUGAUCUUGCGCGGGGGAAAGAAAGGUACCAACUACGACGCAAAAAGCAUUGCAGAUGCCAAGGCGAAAUUGAUCGAGAAGGGUCUUCCUCCCCGUCUGAUGGUUGACUGCAGCCAUGGAAACUCUGAGAAGAACCACAAGAACCAGCCUAAAGUAGCCGCUGCACUGGCAGAGCAGAUUGCAGCAGGGGAAGCGGGAAUCAUGGGUGUCAUGAUUGAGAGUAACAUUCAUGAAGGCAACCAGAAGCCAUCCCCACAGGGCAAGGCCGGCCUCAAGUACGGUGUCAGCAUCACUGAUGCCUGUAUCAGCUGGGAAGACACCGAAAGCGUCUUGGAGAAUCUAGCCCAAGCGGUUCGUACUCGGAGAGAAAAAUUAUCCGUCAACGGAACAGCGCAGUAG